UAUUCUUAAGAAAACCACAGGAAGCCCCUCUCUCUCUCUAUCUCUCUCUCUAAAGCAAAAACCCUCUCAGCCACAAAACCAUGUCGAAACCUCACGCGCCGCCACGGCCUCUCUAUAAGCAACACUCGUGGUCGCCCGAUAUCCACCGCGACGAGGCGUGGCUGAGACGCAAAGGCAGCAAUAAAAAUAGCAGCGGGAUCCGCCGCAAUAAGAGUGUUUCGGACGAUGAUUUGGAAGAGUUGAAGGCUUGCAUAGAACUCGGGUUCGGAUUCGAUUCUCCGGAAGUGGAUCCAAAACUAACGGAUACUAUUCCGGCUUUGGAGUUUUUCUACGCUGUUAAUAAGCAGUACAGUAAUAGCUUGUCGAGGUCUUCGUCUUCUUCGUCGUUAAUGGCUUCUGAUACCGAGAUUGAAAGUCCCAACACCAUUAUUGAUCAAGGUGAGGAUGCUGAGCUGGUGAAGACGAGGCUGAGGCAAUGGGCCCAAGUGGUUGCUUGCGCGGUACGCCAAUCCUCUUCAACAGCAAACGGGACAUGAUUACUGAUUAGAAACAUGUUAUAUAGUACACCACAAAACCACAGUGUUUUGAUUCAUUUUUUUUCUUUCCCAUUAUUUGACAUUCAAUUCUUCUAGUGUGCACAUUGACUUUUUUCUAAUUUUAGUUAUAAAUUCUAUUUUA